AUGGAUAUUAACGAUUUGAAGAACACAGUCUCCAACCUGACCUUGUAUGACCUCAAGGCAGGCUUUCGGAAGGCCCAGAAUGCCGUUAUGAACUUUACCGAGAUGGAGGCCAAGGUGCGAGAAGCAACGAAUAACGAGCCAUGGGGUGCUUCAUCGACACUCAUGCAAGAGAUUGCCAAUGGAACAUUCAAUUACCAAACCCUUAACGAGAUUAUGCCCAUGAUCUACCGUCGCUUCACCGAGAAGGCUGCCGAGGAGUGGCGUCAAAUCUACAAGGCCCUCCAAUUACUCGAGUUUCUUAUCAAGCACGGUUCCGAGCGCGUUAUCGACGAUGCUAGAGGACACAUCUCGCUUCUUAAGAUGCUGCGCCAAUUUCACUUUAUCGAUCAGAACGGAAAAGACCAGGGCAUCAACGUGCGCAACCGAGCCAAGGAGUUGGCCGAUCUUCUUAGUGACGUGGAUCGCAUCCGGACCGAGCGCAAGAAGGCGCGUGCAACCAAGAACAAGUACACCGGAGUUGAGGGUGGUGCGACCUUUGGAGGUGGCUUCUCAAGUGGCAGCUCUGGUCGUUAUGGUGGUUUUGGCAGUGAGAGUGCUGGCUACGGCGGUGGUGGUAGCAGCGGCGGCCCUGGCAACUACGGCGGAUACUCUGGUGGUGUCUAUGGCGAUGGUGGUGGUUUCGGAGGUCAGUCUGAUGACUGGCGAGGUGAUGGCGCUGCCAGCCGAUCCGAGCGAUUUGAGGAAUACGAUGAGUUCGACGAGGGCGAGAGACCAGCUGUCAGCUCAUCAAGAGCUGCUGCUAAGCGACCCGAGCGCACUCCUGUCAAGAAGGCCGCUGAGCCUCCCAAGAAGAAGGAACCCGAGGUUGAUCUCUUCUCUUUCGAUGACCCUGCUCCAGCAUCGUCUGCAGCACCAGCUUUGGCCCCAAGCAACACUGCCGCCGCUCCUGCGCAAGACGACGACGACGAGUUCGACGACUUCCAGUCAGCUACCCCUGCCCAGGCAGCACCAUCCAACAACUUUAUGCAAAGCCCUGCUGUGACAGCGACGGCCUCCUCAACCGCCCAGUUUGUUGCUCCCCAACCUCAAUCGGCUCCUCAGCAAGCUGACAUUAGCCACAUGGUUAGCAUGGCGUCCAUCUCGCCUGCACCAAGUGCCUCAGGAACUCCCGGGCCCAACUACUCUGCCUUUAGUAUCCCUGCUGCCCCUGCGGCACAGGCUCCCAAGCCUGCUGCCUUCCAACAGACUGGACCCAACUACUUCAGCUCUGUCCAAGCACAGACAGCAAAGACCCCAACAACAUCUGCCUUCUCAGGCAUGGGAAGCGCCUCUAGCGCUGCGCCCAGCGGCCCUACUACUAUGGCUAACAUGAAGCCCGUUACUAGCCCAUCAGCCAAGCCAGCGCCCGCUGCUGGUGGAGAUGCCUUUGGAGCUCUCUGGGGCAAGGCCAGUGGAGGCGUCAAGAAGCCAGAGACACCCAAGACUGGACCCGCAAUGGGCCAACUUGCCAAGGAGAAGAGCAGUGCUGGAAUCUGGGGAGCCCCAGCAGCUCCAUCUUCCAGCGGCAGUGCUCCUCCCAAGACCGGCGGAUCUGCUAUGGAUGAUCUCCUUGGUUAA